AUGCCUAGAUCACGGAUAAAUGGAAAUUUUAUUGAUAAGACCUUUUCAAUUGUAGCCAAUAUCUUAUUGCAAAUAAUUCCGACAACUUCAGGAGAAAAGGAGGCAUUUACCUAUUACAGAGAUGGUGUGAUGUCAGCUCAAUCCGAAGGAAAUUAUGCAGAAGCUUUACAGAAUUAUUAUGAAGCUAUGCGACUAGAAAUUGAUCCCUAUGAUCGAAGUUAUAUACUCUAUAAUAUAGGUCUUAUCCAUACAAGUAAUGGAGAACAUACGAAAGCUUUGGAAUAUUAUUUUCGAGCACUAGAACGAAAUCCAUUCUUACCACAAGCUUUUAAUAAUAUGGCCGUGAUCUGUCAUUACCGGGGAGAACAGGCCAUUCACCAGGGCGAUUCUGAAAUUGCGGAGGCUUGGUUUGAUCAAGCUGCUGAGUAUUGGAAACAGGCUAUAGCACUUACUCCUGGUAAUUAUAUUGAAGCACAUAAUUGGUUGAAGAUCACAGGGCGUUUCGAAUAA